CAGGAGUCAAACCAAAACAAAAAUGCAAAUGGUCGCAACGCAAGUUCGCCACUAUUUUGCUCCGCGCUUCAAAUUUUUGAAAAAUUACCCUUGCAAAGUGUCCGCCAGACCCCGGGAAUAGAUGUGGAAGUAUGUCUCGCGUCGUAUCCGUGAUGUGUGCGAUCGAACCUACAACACCGUACUAGACGUUCGCCGGCCGUGGCAGUGCGGCGGAGAACGUUUGUGCAACGAAGGAAACCAUUCGGGAGGAGGAGAUGGACAACAGCAGCAGCAGCAGCAACAACAACAACCCCAGCAGGAUGACAAGGUUCCCCAGCAGCAGCUGGGACGUGCCACUGUUGGUGGUACCCGUAAUGGGUCCUACUGUUUGCUGAAUGUGGUCCGCAAUCAGUUGGAGUUGAAUCGUGAGAAGCAGAAACACUAUGGAGCUGGCGGAUCCCGGAAGGAGGGAUUCCGUCGGAAGGAAUUCUGUCCGUUUCAGCCCAGCUGGCUCGGGGCGAUUACUUGGACUGGUGCCAUUAUUUGCGGUUGGUACACAAGCCAGCUGAUUUGUCUGAAUCGUCGUACCCACCCCUGGGAAGGGCCCAAAUGCCUUCCGUAUCUGAUUUCGUCCGCCCACAAACUUCCCCGCGAUUUGCAAAACGGUCGCUUUUCGAAUUGCUUCCCUUUUUCUACCCCACCGUCCCCAUCACUCGAAUCAGUCCCUGAGGCCCAGCAGCAAUCCACCGUCCCCAGUUUCCUAGGGUUGCCCAUACCCACGGCCAAACCCAGCCGGCUGUCGGAGUAUGACUUUGACGAAUAUUGCCGAAUUUUUGAAAUCAACAACGAUGGCCAAGCACAGUCCAAACAGCAAUUGGAUGAGCACGUUACGGUACAUCAACUUCGUCCGGAGCCGAAAGCUCCCACAAUCGAAACGGCUAUGGAAAAUCUGGUGUCCAUAAUCGGCGAAAUCGAGUACCAACUGGGAGUUCAGAAUCAGGAGCUCGGGGACUACAGGACCGCGGUUUCCCAUUGGAAGCUGGGCACAUCCCACCAGCAUGCCGGUGCUGCCUUCAAUCUGGGAAUCUGCUAUGAGCAAGGGUUCGGAGUCAAGAAAAAUGCUCGUGUGGCGAUGGAAUGCUACCAUUUGGCGUCAACCUUGGGUCAUGCUCAAGCCAUGUACAACCUGGGCGUUUACUAUGCUCGUGGUCUCGGUGGACUGCGUCGCAGUCGCUCCAUGGCGAAAAAGUGCUUUACGGCGGCCGCCGAUUUGGGUCUGGAGGAUGCAAUCGUUGCCCUGGGUUCCAGGUACAACAAGCAACCGUCAAGACGUAGUUCCGUGUUCGUUGGUUCGCCACCGGGCUCUCCACAGUCGAUGACCGGUGGCGGUUUGAACGAUUUCAAGUUUGACUAUGAGAUAAUCGAACGUAUUGCCGGCUUUGAUGUGGUCAAAGCGCCCGAGCAACCGGAACGACCGGAACUGCGUUUGGUGUCGGCAAUGGCCUAAUUAUUGUUAGAAGGUGGAGCCCACAUAAUUAUUAUCAUUAUGAUUUAUCUUUAUUGUUUAUAAAACAUGGUGUGAGCAUUACUGAUGAAUACAAAUAGUAACACAAUACUUAAUAAAAAUGAAUCAAUUCGAA